GAGCGGAGGGAGGUGUUUCUGUCAGUUCCGGCUGUUUGUUCGGGAAGUGGAUCCGCCGCUGCCGAAGCAGCCGGGAGGGAGCUGCGGAUCGCGAGGCCAGCACCGACCCCGCCCGCCCGCGCGCGCCUCCCCCGCCCGCCAUGGCCCGGGACUACGACCACCUCUUCAAGCUGCUCAUCAUCGGCGACAGCGGUGUGGGCAAGAGCAGCUUACUGUUACGUUUUGCAGACAACACUUUCUCAGGCAGCUACAUCACCACAAUCGGAGUGGAUUUCAAGAUUCGGACUGUGGAGAUCAAUGGGGAGAAAGUGAAGCUGCAGAUCUGGGACACGGCCGGGCAGGAGCGCUUCCGCACCAUCACUUCCACGUAUUAUCGGGGGACCCACGGGGUCAUCGUGGUUUAUGAUGUCACCAGUGCCGAGUCCUUUGUCAACGUCAAGCGGUGGCUUCAUGAAAUCAACCAAAACUGUGAUGAUGUGUGCCGAAUAUUAGAUGUUCAACUGCAUCACAGAGCUGGUCCUCCGAGCAAAGAAAGACAACUUAGCCAAACAGCAGCAGCAACAACAGAACGACGUGGUGAAGCUCACGAAGAACAGUAAACGAAAGAAACGCUGCUGCUAAUGCCCCCCAGCCCACUGCAGAGACUGCACUGCGGCCACUCCCCGGCCCGAGGCCCGCGGGGCUCCUCGGGGACAGUCUCAGUUUCGUGCCGUUAUUUAAAGAAUUCUCUCCACGUUUUUGUAUCGGGAGGCGCCAUCGGCACUUCCUCCCCUCCCCCUUUGAGUGCCAAGAAGGUGUUGGACGACCUGCCCUUCCCUUCUGGUGCCCCUGCCCCCGGCCAAGGCACCCGGGCCCGGCGAGGACGCUGCCAGCCGAGCGGACUGAUUAACCAGAGUUUGUACAUAAUGUAUAUUGCUUUAACCAGCCGCAUCACCCUCGUCCUGCUCUGGCUUUUGCCUCCUUAAUGCCAGCCUGCUGCAGUAGACCCUCCCCACCCCGCCCCAUCUUACUGCCAGCAGCUUCCUGAGGAGACAGGAUCGAGUUCUAGCCACAUCUUUUGUCAACCUGGGCUGGUGGAGUGGGCCUUCCACGUUCCUUGUUCUCUCCUACAGGCUGUCGGCUUCCUCUCCUGGCACGUAGGGUCUCGCCUCUCUCCGGGGCCUGUGCUGUGUGUCUUCCGAGUCCAGCUCCCUUCCCUCCCCACCCUUCCCUGUCCCCUGCCCACGUCACCAUCCUGGCAGCUGGGGGAAACCUGGCCUUGAGGUAGGCCUGGGGCUUCCCAUUAGAGGUCUAGCCUUUUGGCUUGCAGAAAGACUUGCUCCUGCCUUCUGGUCACCAGAUUUCUUGUCCUGCCUUCUAGAUGCCUCUGAACUACAACCCAGGGAAACCUUGGCUUUUAAUUUAUACCAACCUGUUUCAGUUCCCACAGAAAGGUAGGGGUGUGUUUGUGUAGGGAUGGGGCUUGUAGGGGCACUGAGGAACAUUAUUUUAACAUAAAAUGAAGCCAAAUCAAAUGAAUUAAGUUCCUUACACUUUCUCUUCCUGAGGUUUGGUUGGCACAGCAGCAAAAGUUGUGGCCUCCUCACUUUGGGUCCGUGUUUUUAGAAAAAUCGAAUGGCUUCCUGCCAUUGUGGGGCUGGGCUCUUGGCAGAGCAGCCCUGCCUUCUCCUGGCCAUUUCUUGGUGGGGAAGGAGAGCGGGCCUCCCACCCUCAUCUGUGUCAGCAGAGGGCUUUCCCCGGAGUUCCUGGGUCUCCGUUGUGGCACCAGGCCCCUCUGAAUGUGAGGAGUGGGUGCUGGUGCUGGACCAUGGGGACGCCACCUCGGAGUUGGACGGCAAGCAGCUUUGGAUCACCGACAGAACUUUUUUAGUACAAAGGCAGCAGGAGGAUUUCUUAGGGGGUGGGAAGGAAUGGUGGCCGGGGCCAGGAGCCAGCCAGCUCUAUCCCUGGUCCCCUGGGGGAAGAAACCAGGGUCAUCUGUACUGGAUUACUGUCCCCCCUCGGGACACUUCCACCAUUCACCUUUCCCCUAAAAGGAUCAUGUAACCUGGGAAUAAUUUAUUUCAACACCAUGAUGUUUUAGAUUUCCUUUCCUAGGCGAUUUCCAGGCAAAGCCCUGAUUGGACAAUCACGUUACAGUUCACACUGCAGAUUUUCCCUGUUAACAUUGUUGAUGGGUUUUUAAUCAAUAAAAACUGGGGGUUUCUUCUGACCUGUCUCUCCACUUCCCCAGACUGCCAAAAGCCUGUGGUUCUCUGUGAGCCGGCCUUCACUAGAGCCACCUGGAGAGGUGGGGGAGCUCUGAGCCUGGGAAGCAGUGCUGUGGAGGGUGGCCAUGGGGCCAGCCGACAGGCAUUUUCUGACUGGUUGGGGGCAAGGAGCAAAAGUGUGGUUUCUCCAUCCUCAGGGCUGUGCUGGGUGACCGUAGGCCUGUGUAGGACGCAGAGAGCUCGAGACUCCUGGGGUGGGCGGCGUACUCAACUCAGCAUUCACGUGACAUCAGUGUGGCAGUGCUUGCAAAUUCAAGCAAUAAGGGGAGAAGGGGUCCUGGAAGUUUCCAGCCCAGGCUAGAAGACACUAUGGGUCUGGCAACUGGAUGUCCAGACCCAGGUGGUGGGGUGAUUUUGGUGACGACAGUGUCUGUCCCACUGAGUGUUACACGCAUGAAGGGUGGGGGUGGGGGUGGGGGACUCACAGGGCUGGGCUGACGUCCUGGUGGACCUGAUGUGAAAUUCCUGUCGAACAACAAAACUUUUAAAUGGUUUGCUAGGAUUAUUUCUGUAUUGAAAGUUUCUAAUUAUGCUUUUUAAAAAAAUACUAAAAAUAAAGGUUCAAGCUGCCAAA